GACUGUGUUCGCUGCAACUUCCAGCAAACCUCCGAUCCACGUGGUGUGGUUGCUUAGAGACGCUGGAGGCUGAACCAAAAUGCAAGGCUAAACCAAAAUGCAAGGCUGAACCAAAAUGCAAGCUGCCGACGUCGUCGCUAGCUGGAGGCUGAACAAUGCAAGGAAAAUACAUGCAAAAAUAAAUCAAUCAAUUGACCGAGAGAAGGGCGAACUCACCGGCACUGGCGCGAAGCGGACAACAGAGGGCGCUACGGAAGAACAACGACAGCAAGCUUCGCCGGAGAAGAAACCAGAUCUACCGCCGCAGAGGAAAACCAGAAAUGGGGAAGAAAGAAAUGUGGUUGUCGAAUAUAAUAUUGUCGCUUAUGCUGCGUUUUCCAGUAGUGGAAGAUUGUUUCUGCCCCUGAAACGAGGGGUUCAAGUAACUGGUAUUCUUGUGCCCCUGAUAGAACGGUGUCAGCUGUUGGGUAGCGAACCGUUGGUCCUCAUAGUACGCGUUGGCCUCGAUGCGGUCGUAGUAGAUGCCAAUUUUCUUGUUGGGGUUGCGCACGGUGAUGUUGAGGGCGAGGUUGUAGUGGAGGUUGUUGUCGGAGGUGAGGUUGAAUUGGGUAAGGGAGGCAUCCGUCACGUGAAACUUAACUAUGUUGGGGCGGAAUAUGAGCCAGAAGAUGAGGGCAGCCAGACCCAAGAUGACGACAGCAGUGACUAUGAGCUUGAUAAGGAAGCUCAGGAGGCAGCAGCAGCCACAGCCAGAACCAUGGCCGUGGCGGUGGUAGGACCGGGCAGGUGGGAUGGCGGGGCCGUAGUAGGCCCCGUUCAAGUGGGAAUGUUUCUCUGCCAUGGAAUAACACAAGAACAAGAAGAUAUGCUGUGUUUUUAGAGGAGAUGAAUUGGAAGAGAAAACAAGGGUAUGUAUUUAUAGGGAGAAAAAUUAGAGUGGAGAAACAAAUAUGAAUCGAGGAU